GUUUCUGUAACAAGAACCACGUGGUUUCGGUGUAGACUUCUGUCAUGGCGGGAUACAUGAAAUGGAAAAAUGGACCCCUCUCCAAAAUAGUUUUGCUAAUUGUGCUUUUGUGUAUAUUAGGGACACACCAAAUCUCAGGAAGUCAUAUCAACAUAAUCAAUAUCAAAGAUGGCCAGGAGUCUGACAGAACAGGGUCGAGUCACUUCUGCUAUCUCAACCCAAUUGUCCCAGGUUGGAAGGAAACAUGGACAAGAAUCCAGAUUAGAGUAUGGAGCUCGAAACAGCUGAAGGUGACUGUUGUGGAGGAUGAGGAGAAGCUGCAGGAACUAGAACACUUCAGUGUCUGGGGUCUUGUGCAGUACCUAAUGCUUGAGCAGACCAAUGAAACCACCAUCAGCAUCAGCCUGUUCAGCCCAAAGACCUGCUUCAAGAUUGACCCCAUCAACCUUGGAGCACAAUACACUGUAAUGCCCAUACGAAAAUUUGACAUUUACAUGUUUGUGACAUUCCUGGCUGGAGUGCUGUUAUUCAUCUUUGCAGACUCACUCAGCAGGAGUCAGGUAUUCUAUUACUCUGCUGGCAUGAGCACAGGUAUGAUUGCCUCCCUUAUCAUCCUCAUCUUCAUCAUGGCACGCUUUCUGCCCAAGAAAAGCCCAUUUUACAUGGUAAUAGUUGGUGGUUGGUCCUUUUCCGUUUACAUCAUCCAGCUUGUGUUCAGGAACCUACAGAUGAUUCUGAGAGAGCACUGGCACAUGGCUUUUGGCUAUGCUGCAGUGGUUGGGUUUAUCAGUUUUGCUGUGUGCUAUCGUCAUGGCCCUCUUGUGGAGGAAAGGAGUAUAAAUAUCCUGUCCUGGACACUGCAGUUGUUUGGCCUGCUACUGAUCUACAGUGGGAUCCAGGUUCAGCAAGUGGCGUUGGCCAUCAUCGUGGCUGCCUUCUGCUCUAAGAACCUGGAGUAUUCCAUUUCAUUGAUCCUUCUUGCUUGGCGCAAAGUCAAGCCAACUCUGCGCUGGAAGCCAGAGCCUCGUCGGCUGCUGACUGAAGAGGAGUUCCAGAAACAGGGGGAGGUGGAGACGCAGCAUGCCCUGGAGGAGCUGAGGAAGUACUGCAGCAGUCCAGACUUCAGCAAAUGGAAGGCAGUCUCUCGACUUGCGUCCCCAAAAAGGUUUGCUGAUUUUGUGGAGGGCUCACCUCACCUGAUAUCGAAUGAGGUUUCUGUGCAUGCGCAGGAAUAUGGAUCGUUCUUUGAGGAUGAUUUCUUUGACACGGAUGAGGAAGAUGAGGAGAAUAUGAUGAAUGCUUUGAAAAAAGAAGACCUUCGAUGGAAUGACAGAGACUUGUGAAGGUGAAUAGAUGUGGUUAUUUUCCUGUAGCAAGGUUAAUGGAGCAUAGUGCUGACUGGCUUUCAACCCCUACGGCUCUCCUCCAACCAUAAGACAGGUGCUCAUGAAUCGCCAUGGAGAUGGUGGAAGCUGGCCAUUGCUAGGCCUGUGAGCUAAUGUCUGGCAUCCAGGUUGCGGCAUACAUAAUACUGUACACUGAGUGUACAAAACAUUCGCAACACCUUCCUAAUAUUGAGUUGCUCCCCCUUUUGCCCCCAGAACAGCCUCAAUUUGUCGGCGCAUGGACUCUACAAGGUGUUGAAAGCGUUCCACAAUGGUGCUGGCCCAUGUUGACUCCAAUGCUUCCCACAGUUGUGUCAAGUGGGCUGGAUGUCCUUUGGGUGGUGGACCAUUCUUGAUACACACCUCAUUCCAAGGAACUUACAUUUUUGUCUUGCCCAUUCACCCUCUGAAUGGCACACAUACACAAUUCAUGUUUCAAUUGUCUCAAGGCUUAAAAAUAAAAAAAGUUACCUGUUUUCUCCCCUUCAUCUACACUGAUUGAAGUGGAUUUAACAAGUGACAUUAAGAAGGGGUCAUAGCUUUCACCUGGUCAGUCUGUCAUGGAAAGAGCAGGUGUUCCUGAUGUUUUGUAUACUCAGUGUAGAUUGCUUAUGGCAACCACACGUUUUGGUUAUCGACACAGAGCCAGAUUCUGACUUGAGAAAUGAGAAUGUAGUGUUUCUCAAAUUAGGAUUGAGUCCUGUGUUUGAAUUCAUCUGAGAAACCUAUUGGUCAGUAAGUAAGGGUUUAUGACCACUAAGAAUGGGGUAUUUUAUUUUCUUGGAGGAAUGUCACAACUUUAUCUUGGUCUUAACUGCAAGGUCAUUUGUUUUCUUUGGUAUUAUUGUUGAUUUUCCGGAACAAUUUUUUUGCGUCAUCAUACACGUGCCGAUGUAAACGGGGAGCAAUUCAUAGCUGACAAGUAAUAAAAAAGAAAAGGGUAAACUGACAUGUGUUUGGGAAGAAAUUCAUAUUUUGGUAUUUAAAGCAUGAUGUUUACAGCCAUUGAGCCUGAAUUUAUAUAAUUUUAAAAAUGUACGGGAAUAAAAACAGUAAUGUGUAAGUGUACCAUUGCAAGUAUUAUAACCUUUCUUUGACGGUGUGUGACACGUCUACAUUGUUAUGUUCUUAGUUAGUUACUUUCAUGUUUUGUUUGGACUGAGAUUUAUAGGGUUCAUAUCCAUCUAAUGUAUUUAUAAAUCCCUUUUUACAUCAGCAAUUGUCACAAAGUGCUUCUACAGAAACCCAGCCUAAAACCCCAAAGAGCAAGCAAUGCAGAUGUAGAAGCACAAUGGCUAGGAAAACUCCCUAGAAAGGCUGGAACUAGGAAGAAACCUAGAGAGGAACCAGGCUCUGAGGCGUGGCCAGAUGGAGAUUAUUUAGAGUACAUGGCCAUUUAAAGCCGGAUUGUUAUUCAAGAUGUUCAAAAGUGCGUAGAUAACCAGCAGAGUCAAAUGAUCACAGUGAUUUAUAGAGCACGUGUCAAAUUCAUUCCACGGAGGGCCGAGUGUCAGCAGGUUUUUUCUGCUCCCUUGUAAUUGAUUGAUAAAUUAAGGUCACUGAUUAGUAAGGAACUCCCCUCACCUGGUUGUCUAGGUCUUAAUUGAAAGGAAAAAACAAAAACCAGCAAACACUUGGCCCUCCAUGGAAUGAUUGUGACACCCAUGUUACUUCUGAGGUGCUGACCUUUUGCACCCUCUGUAAAUAUCAGUUGGCUUUUAAUCUGAGCAUUCAGAGGUCGAGACAGCAGGUGCGGUAGAGAGAGGGUCGAAACAGCAGGUCCUGGACAAGGUAGCACGUCCGGUGAAUAGGUCCGGGUUCCAUAACCGCAGGCAGAAUAGCAGAAACUGCAUGAGCAGCACGACCAGGUGGACUGGGGGCGGGGACUGCCAGGGGUCAUCAGGCCAGUUAGUCCUGAGGCAUUGUCCUAGGACUCAGGUCCUCUGGGAGGGGGGAGAGAGAAGAAUUAGAGAGAGCAUACUUAAGAUCACACACGACACCAGAUACAACAGACUGGCCCUGUCCUGCCAGCAUAAAUACGGGGUUCGGGGACAAUGGCCCAUCCAAAGUUACCCUCGGACAGCAUAUCACAAGCAUUGCCUUAAAAAUGUAUAAUACUUUUAUACUGUGAGAUAUUGUACUUUUGUAUUCUGGCCUCUAUUCUGUGUUGUAGAAUUGGCUAUGCAUACACCUUUACAGAUUUGGUGGCCAGGUAGUUGUGUACUGUUCAUUGUAAAUAAUCAUGUGGAUGUCAAUAAAUUAAUGAUAUCGUAAAAUC